AUGUUUUCCCUUAGUACACUGAUGAUCAUUUCGGCGCUAGUCGCCAUCACCUAUGCAUGGCUGAACAGCCCCACCUUCUCAAGCGGCAAACUGCGAGAGAUGAAUGUGAUCAUGCAAAAAUGCAUCAAGAAUCUGGACGAUUACUUUGACCGGAUCAUUGAGCAGCAACCGGAAAAAAGUUCAGUCGUUUUUCAGGCAAAGACCACUUUUGCCGGCUUUACCAUUGACGUGAUAGCUUCUACAGCUUUUGCCACGACCACCAACGCCAAUAUGGAGGCGGACAGUCCGUUUGUAACCAACGGGCGGAAACUGUUUGAAAUUAAAGCCCUCCGAGCGAUGGCCGGCUUUCUAGCGCCCACCUGGUUGCUGAAACUGGUCGGCAUUGAGACCAUUUUUCCCAAGGAAAACUUUGACUUUUUUGUCGCUCUCUCACGGCGAAUGCUUGACCAACGACUUGAGGAGAUCAAACAGGGCAAACCUCGCCGAAGUGACCUUCUGCAAAUGCUGAUUGACGCGGCUGUGGAUGAAAGUGAGCUAACCGCUGACAAUUACAACAAAAUGACCGUCACUGAAGAGGGCAACAACAGUGGUAUAAUUUUGGACCAAAAUCAAAAUCUGACAAAAGAAGCGUCCACAAAAGGUGAAGGAGGCAGUGGAAAAUUGAGUGAAAAGCGAAAGCUGAGCACUAGUGAAAUCAUCGCUAAUUGCAUUCUCUUUUUUGCUGCCGGCUACGAGACGACAAGUGCAGCACUUUCUCACUGCAUCUACGAGCUGGCCAAAAACCAAUCAGUCCAAGAACGACUGAGCGACGAUUUGACCUCAGCUUUAGAGCAAUUUUCCGACAACGAAAGUGAAGAGUACCUGGCGGUGGUCAACAAUGGCAUUCCCUAUUUGGAAGCAGUAGUCAAAGAAACUCUUCGUCGGUACACUCCUGUUGCACUAUUGGGGCGCGUGUGCAACGCCGAACAGGGCUACACCUUUCCUGGAACGGAGAUUCACCUGAGAAAAGGGGACGUUGUCACCCUGCCUGUGGUGGCCAUUCACAUGAAUGAAAAGUACUACCCGGAACCGAAUCGUUUUAACCCGGAGAGGUUUAUGCCGGAGAAUAAGGCUAAUCUGGUGCCGUACACCUACCUUCCCUUUUCUGAUGGUCCAAGAAAUUGCAUUGCCAUGCGAUUUGCCUAUCAGGAGAUAAAGCUCUGUUUGGCCCAUUUGCUUACCCGAUAUCGUUUCACCACUACACCGGAAACGCCAGAAGAACUAACCUUUAAACCAGCAAGUGCACUUCUCAUUGCAGAGGAGUUUCCCAUUCAAGUAAGCAGGCGGUGA